CAGACCCAGACCCAAAUCAUGAACCCCAACAUCAAUCUCACCAUCGAAACCAUUCACGCCCCCUCUACCACCCCGCCCAAACGAACCAGCAUCACAAUCUUCCUCGCCGGCAGCACUCCCCCUUCACCCACAACCACCAGCAAAGACUCAUCCAAUCCAAUCCGCAUCUCCUCCUUCUCCUCCUCUUCCUCCCGACGAGACCACCAACAACAACCACCCCCAACAUGGCGCGAUACCUUCUCCACCCACCUAGCCCACUACUUCCUCCCAAAGCCACAGCCACAAACACACCCAGACAACACCCACACCAACACCAAUACUACCCCCCAAACCAUCCACCUAACAAUCCUCGACCCCUUCCGUGCAGACUGGGACAGUUCGUGGCGCGAAGACCCCUCUUUCCCGCCGUUCAAGGAACAGGUCUCGUGGGAGAUGGAGCAGCGGGAACGGGCUGAUAUCGUGCUGUUUCACUUUGAUCCUGCGAGUAUGGCGCCGAUCAGUUUGUUGGAGUUGGGGUUGUGUAUGCGGGAGCCUAGCAAGGUGGUGGUUGUUUGUCCCAGGGGGUAUUGGAAGAGUGGGAAUGUGAGGUUGGUUUGUGAGAGGUUUGGGGUGCAGGUGGUGGAGGGGUUGGAGGAGGGGGUGGGGGUUGUGGGGGAGUUGGUUGAGAGAAUUAGGGUUGGGAAGGAGAGGGAG